GAAAUGCAGGAAGUAGGAAUCACUGCUGGAACAUCUAAACCGGAGUCAUCAUUUCAUCUGUUGUUUUGCUGGUCGGGCUGCGUUCCUCAAAUCACACUGGAUUAGUGUGUUAGUUUUAAUGACAUGUAACAAGAGCAGGACAGUUGACUUCUUUGCCACUCGGACGGACACAAAGCAGAGCAGCGAUGGGCGGCGAAAAUGUGAGUGUGAUCUUCAAAGUGUACUGUCUGACAGUGAUGACACUGGUGGCAGCUGCAUACACAGUGGCACUACGGUACACAAGGACCAUAUCAACAGGAGAUCUGUACUUCUCCACGACUGCAGUGUGCAUCACCGAGAUCAUUAAAUUAAUACUGAGUCUGGGGAUGUUGUCAAAAGAAACAGGAAGCCCCGUCAGACUGAAGAACGCCAUAGUGGAACAUGUUUUCUGCAGCCCAAAAGAACUGCUGAAGCUGAGCGUGCCAUCAAUAGUGUAUGCAGUUCAAAAUAAUAUGGCCUUUCUUGCUUUGAGUAACCUCGAUGCAGCAGUUUAUCAGGUGACCUAUCAGCUGAAGAUCCCGUGCACGGCCUUGUGUACAGUCUUCAUGCUGAGCCGCUCUCUCAGCCAGCUGCAGUGGUUCUCUGUUUUCACGCUCUGCGGGGGCGUAACACUCGUCCAAUGGAAGCCUGCAGAGGCCACUAAAGUUCAGAUUGAGCAAAAUCCUUAUGUUGGGUUCGUGGCCAUCGCUAUUGCUGUCCUUUGCUCUGGAUUUGCAGGUGUGUACUUUGAGAAGGUGUUGAAGAGCUCAAACACGUCUCUGUGGGUGAGAAACAUCCAGAUGUACCUCUCCGGCAUUGUGGUCACCCUGAUCGGUGUGUACAUGAACGAUGGCGAUAAAAUCCUGGAGAAAGGCUUCUUCUACGGUUAUACACCCUGGGUGUGCUUUGUAGUAUUCUUGGCCAGUGUGGGUGGUCUAUACACGUCGGUGGUGGUGAAGUAUACAGACAACAUCAUGAAGGGCUUCUCUGCUGCAGCCGCCAUUGUUCUCUCAACUGUGGCAUCUGUCAUCUUGUUUGGGCUACAGAUAACGACCUCGUUUGCCUCUGGAGCAAUCCUGGUGUGUGUUUCCAUCUACUUAUACGGACUUCCGAAGCAAGACACAUCCACGCUGAGCCGGGAAGACACAGACAGGGAAUCCAAACAGAGACUGAUCAACGUGUGAGUGGAUGACCUGCAGCAGAGGAGUCUCUCUCGCUGGUGGAACACGUCUGUGAUGGGCCAAGUCACGUUUUCUGGGGACCUAAAUGAGUUCCUGCAGCGGGGAGAUUAGGGAGCCACUCCCGAUAAAACAAACACCCAGUUCAGUUGACUAUGUUCAGUUCAUCACAUAGACCACAGCUUGUGUGGCACUUAAAUUUAGGUCUGUGUCCUCAAUCCAGUCCAGUUUCACUCAUAUGGGACUGGUUACAGUACUAUGACUUUCAGUAUAAUUUGUAAUGUUUAUAAUGUUAAAUGUUCUUAAUGCCAGAUUCAAGCCUUUCAGUUGAUUUAAAAAAGACUUUUUUUUUUUUUUUUUUAUACUAAAGUAUACUUAUCACUCCAGCAUGGCUUAAAAUUAAUUACAAAAUCCAAUGUAGGAUUGCUUGGGAUUAUUUACGAAUUGUAUGUUGUAAUUAUAAUAGCUAUGAUGGAGUAUUCGGGCCACAUUGGGGGGGGGGAAUUAUCGAGAAUAAAUUUCAAGUGCCAUUUUGAGAAUAAAAUUGAAAUGAUGAGAAUAAAAUUAACUCCAUCAAAUCACGUUAGACUGUCCACCACACCAGCUGCCGUGUAGGCUACAUCAUAGACAGCUUUUGCUUUCAGUUAAUACAGUUGCACCUCUUCAGAAACUCCCCUUUCCACUCCAAGGAUGUUACCAUAUGUCUAUGAUGCAUUCAAAAAAUGCAACAUAAAUUUAAAAAAUCUUCAUCCUCAAUUAUCCUUCCCCUUAACGUGGCCCUAAUACUCCUUCGUAGCUAGCUGCUUUUAAAGUUUGUAAAUCUGAAGCAUUUGGCGAAGUCCUGUAUUUAUAAGUCCUGAAUUUUCAGCCAUGCUGGAGUGAUAAGUCGUAACAGGACAUUGUUGCUUUUUUAUGCCUCCAUAUCGGCUCCUCAUCAGUAUUACAUCUCAAAGUAUACACAUUAAACAGGAUUAUGUUUUAUACUGUGCAAUGUUAGUAUCAUAUGUCCACAGUGUUGAUACAGAGUGUUCCCACCUCACAUGAAAACUUGGGUGAAGGAUGAUAAUGAAUUGCAUAUGUGAUUAUACAUUUAUAUCAUCU